AGAGUUGAGUGGAAAUGGCGCCCUGUGAGAGCUGGAGACUCGAGCCUCGCCUCUGACCACCCAGGCGCCGGACUCACUGUUGCCUGACCUGGACUGAGGAACUCGGCAGAUGAUGACGGAUGACGCGCGGAGUCGGCAGAGUUGUCCAAGGGAACCGAGUGUUAGUGGAUAAAGCGCCAGCGCGGACAGUGCAGGAUGCAGGACCUGACAGCCAAAGUGACCAGCAGGCUGCUGUCGUUUCCUGCCGUCACCCAGGAAGCUCUGGGAGAGGACGAGAUCAGUCUGGCCUCGGAGCUGCAUGGACAUUUCACUGUUGGGCGCACUGGUCUGGCCUGGCUGGCCACUGGCCCCCAGCUGGAGGUGGUCCAUGCCAUGACUGGGGAGCGUCUCUCUGCGUACCGUUUCAGCUCAGCGAGCAACCAGCCCCCGACCGUGCUGGUUGCUCGAGAUUUCAGCUGGCUGAAGAGGUCUGGACUGCUGGUGGGCCUGGAGGAGGAGAACUGCAGCGUGCUCUGCCUCUACGACCUGGGACUGUCCAGAGUGGUCAAAGCUGUGGCCAUCCCAGGCCGGAUCACGGCCAUCGAGCCGCUGGUGAGCUACGGCGGCGCCAGCACUUCCACCCAACACCUCCACCAGGGCCUUCGCUGGUUCUUUGGGAUCGCUGCUGUGGUGACUGACCUGGGCCACAUCCUGCUGGUGGACCUGUGUCUGGAUGACUUGUCGUGCAGCCAGAGUGAACUGAAGGCUGCAGACCUGUGGGUGGCGAUCCUGGGUGAUGAAAUCCCUAAGGUGCGGGAGCUGAGCCGUAGAACGGGCCAACAUACCUGCCUACAGCUGAAGAAACCAAGCGGCGUCGGAGUCACAGCGCUGCAGUUUGUCUCCAGAACCAACCAGCUGUGUGUGGGCUUCUCAGAUGGUUCCCUACAACUGUGGAAUGUAAAGACUCUGAAGAGAGAGUACCACUCUACGUUGGAUGGUGGCCAGGUGCCGGUCCAUGCCUUCACCUUUCAGGAGCCAGAAAAUGACCCCCGGAGCUGCUGCUACCUCUGGGUGGUCCAGUCUUCUCAGGAUCUCAAAGGAGACAUGGUCAGCCUGCACCUGCUUCAGCUGGCCUUCAGUGAGCGCAAGUGUCUGUCUUCGGGGAAGAUCCUGUACGAGGGUCUGGAGUACUGUGAGGAGCGCUUCAGUCAAGAUCUAGGGGGACAAGGUUUUCCUCUUGGGACGUUGACCACCGACACCCGUCUCCUCAGCUGCCAGACCAUCGAGAAGUUCCGACCGCAUCCGGACCGAGACGACAGCGUGAACGAUGUUGCUUCUCCAGACACAAGUGUUUCCAUCUUCGUCUGGCAAGUCAAGGUGUACGGCCAGGGGGCCCCCACCGCCUACAUCGGGUUGUUUGACAUCAACCGCUGGUACCACGCCCAGAUGCCUGACUCGUUAAGGACCGGACAGUCUCUGCAGAACUGCCCGUACUUUGCCGUCUGGACUCUGGAGCCGGUGGUGCAGAUGGUUUCUCCACACGAGGUUCUGGACGUGCUGGUCCAUGACCGCAGCCUGAGCCGGGGUCUGCCCCUGACCUGCCCCCCACCAGAGCAGUACUUCAACCCCACCACCUACAACUUUGAUGCCUCUUGUUUACUGGACUCUGGAAUCGUGCACCUGACCUGCUCCGGUUAUCAGAAAGAGACUCUGAGCUUCCUGAAGAAGGCGGCGCCAUGCACCAGCGAUAACAUCUCCAGCAUCUACUCACUCUGCCUCAUGUCCGGCCUGCUGUCGUCCCGACUCUCUGACUCUCACAACUCCAGCUUGUCCCAGGAGGAGCAAUUGGACGCCAUCUUGUCCACAGCGGUGGAGACGAGCUCGCUGGGUCUCAUCACUGGAUGCAUCCAGCAGUGGACUGCCGAGGAAGAACCUGGCUCUGCUCUCAACCUUCGCUACAUCCUCGACUGGGCAUGGAACAAAGUUGUGCAGACCAAAGAGGAACUGGACACCAUUUGUUCCCCGCUCUUCAACUGCUCGUCCAACUUCAUCGACUCGCUGACGUUGCAGCUGCUGCAGCACAGUCAGCGUCUGCUGGGCAACCUCAGCUCCAUCUUCCACUGCUUGCUGACCGAGGCCCAGGAGCUCACGCAGAACGGUCUGCUCGGCUUGAUCAAUAAGAACAUGGUGUCCAGUCUGAUAUCCAAGUACGCUCAAGUGGUCCUCUGGUUCUGUCGCGUGGGCCUGCUCCCUGAGGGACCAGACGACGACGGCCUCCAGUUAGCACGGCCCAUCUACUCCCACAGUGCCAUCAGUGUCAACUACACAGCAUACCGGGAUGAGCUGCGGUGGCUGACCAAGGGAGGUGGGCCUUCAGACUGCUUGAUGAUUGACGGUCUGGUGAGCCAGGGUGGCGAGGCCUUGAGGGACCUGUGGAAGAGAGACGUAGGGGGCACCGGACUGUAUCCGCCUCCCAGCCUACAUGCCCUGCUGGACAUCUACCUCUUGGCCAACGUUGAGGAAGAGGUCAAACAUGCCAUCGUGAUUUACCUGCUACUGGAUGUCAUGUAUUCUUCACCGAACAAGGAAGAAGCCUCGGUGGAGUCCUUCCCCUCUGCCUUCGCCAUCCCUACUGGCCUGAUGAAACUGGCUCAAGGCUUCUGGCUGCUGGACCACCAUGACAACCAGAGAGCCUUCCAGGUGCUCCUGCAUCCUGCCGUCUCCAAGUGUCAGUUUGAGUGGCAGCACGAGCGAGUCCUGCGGGUGCUGAUGUGCCGCAGGCAGCGCUCGCUGGCGCUGCGGUACCUGCAGGCAGCCAAGCCCUCCGUCUCCACCUGCGCACAGGCCAAGCUCUACCUGUCUGUGCUGCUGCACAACCGCUGCAUGAUAGAGGCCUGGUCAUUGCUGCGGCAGCACCGGAGCCACCUCAACAUGGACGAGCUGCUGGGCGUCUUCUUCGAGAGCUGCCAAGAACUCGGCCUCAUCAAGGAGCUGCUCAAACUGCCCCUGGAUGUCAACGAGCAGGAAUAUCUGGAGAAGUUCCUGAAGACCACUCGAGGUGUGGUGAACCGGGAACUGCUGAUGGUCCAUUACCUGCAGCAGGCCAACUACAUCCCUGCCCUGCAGCUCAACCAGACCCUCAAGACCCAGCUGCUGACCGACAGAGACCCCAAGCAGAAGGAGCGCUCCAUCACCAGGAACUCCAUCAUGCACCUGUACGGCAAAGUUUUACCGCGCGCCCAGCGCAAACUGGCCAUGGAGAGAGCCAAGCCCUACCAUCACCCCCACACCUCCCACAAAGAAGUCACUCGGCCGCAGCCCCUCUCCACCAUCACCAAGCGCUCCACCAGCCAGAAUGUGAUGUCCAGAGCGGGCUUCAUCAACAACGUCCUGAACAAGAUCGAGGAGGUGUGGCUGGGCAAGGCUGGCUCCCCGGUGUCAUCACCGGCUCGGAGCCCGUCAGUUGGAGCUGAGGUCUGCAGCCCCGCGACAUGCCCUGCUGCACAGCCAGAGCCCUUCCUGGGAACUCCAAUCCCACUCAGCUCCAAGGGGAAGUCCAGGCUUCUGGGGCUGGUGUUCCAUCCCUCCCGCCAGAGUCCUGUGCCUCCCUCCUGUCCCCUCAGUCCUCUGGGUUCCAAGGCCUCCUCGAAAAGUGCCAGCAAAGCGCCUGAGUUCAGCCUGCUGCAGACGCCUCAGGUGGUUAAGAGGGCGCGAGCUCUGGCGGCUGCAGGUCCAGUCUUCUCAGGCUUCACCCCUCAAUCCAUCCUGCGCAGCAGCCUGCGGCCCACGCCGGUGGCCACGCCGUCUGCAUCACCAGGGCGGUCCGUCACUCCACCACCACCACGGCGGCGAGAUAACAGGAUCACUUUUAUUGAGGACUCUCCAACUCCAGAAGCAGAGAAGGUCAUGCCAUGGAGCAACGGGGAGGCUGCCGACAGAGAGAUCCACCUGCUGACCAGAGAUUCCCUCAAAGCUUCAUGCAAGACUUGGUCCCCACAAGCAGCUGAGGGAGAAGAUGAAGAUGAGGGCCAACCUCGUGUUAAGUUCCACGAGGCAGCAGAUGGAGCCAAGCGUUCGCUCCUGGUGCCAGCGAGGAUCAACCUCAGUCUGGAUAGCAGCUUCCAGUCGGCACAGUCGGCCAACUCCACCCUGGAGUGCUAUGAAGUCAUGCCUUCUGGAGAUCAGGAGGACAGAGGUCAAAGGGCACCACCCGAGGAGGAGGACGACGACGUGGUGGUUGUCACCAGCAAGACCAGGCUUGAGGAGCAGCAGGAGUUUUCUGGAGGAGAGGUCCCUCAGCUGACACCUGGGGAAGCUGAGAGGGAGAUGAAAGAGAUGGAUAGUCUUGUUGAAGAAGAUCCUCAACCGAAGGAAGACACAGAAGUGGACGAACCAGCAGACGGGACCAGUCCAUCGGAGGCCGAAGAAGAUAUUCCAGAUGCUAACCAAGUCUGUGAAGGUGUGGAGAACACUGAGGGGGCCAUCAGAGACUCAGAAGAAGGCCUGCUGCAGACCACAGGGCAGAGUGGUUCUGUGCAGCAGCAGCAGCAGCAGCAGCAGCAGCUGGUCGCUGGUGAGGCCGCUCCUCCGCCCACCUCACACAGACAUGAUGUUGCUGAAGCGGAGCAGCGGGAGGAAGAGCAUGAGGACGAAGACGACUCUGGCAGUGAAGUGGAGAUCAUCGAGGAGGUCCAGGGUAACGGCAGACUGCGAACCCUUCAGUCCGCGCCCAUGUUUGGUGCACAAGACCAGGAGAUCUUCAUCCCCACCCUGUCGGAGGAGGAGGAUGCAGAGUUUUCCCUCGUCACACCUGGAGCUCAAAUAAAGGUGGUCGGGGAGGAGAUGGGGGGCGAGGUGCUCAUGGUGAGACUGGGUGCAGAAGUUGAAGCAGUGGAAGAGGAUCCAGGACCAGAGUCCUCCUACAUGGAGGUGAAACCCUCCACAACCCUGCUGGUCCCCCUGGAGCUGGUGGAUGGACAACCAGACUUUGACCGCCUACCGGACGUCCAUCCAGCUGAGGACCACAGGUGUCUGAUUGAAAACAGCUUCUCUCUCAUGCUGGACAUGGACGAGGACCCGGCUAAAGAGACGGAGAACCAGCUGCAGUUCCCCGAAAUGACUGAGGUGGAGCUCCAGAUUCAACCUGAGACAUUGAGUCAGAUGGAGGAGGUUGUCAAACCCACUGAGGUGAUGAUGGGAUCAUCUGAAGAUCUUGACCCCAUUGAAGAGCAAACUGGGGCAAAUAGAGUCUCAUUGACACUGGAGGAACAACAGACACCUGCACAGGUGGAACCGUUUGGUGUGGAGCACCUUUCAGCUACAGAGAUGGACUCUUCAUCUGACGAGUUGAAAACUCUGGAGGAGAGGCUUUCUACUGAGGAGGAACCUUCGCCUGAGAAGGAGGAACCUUCGCCUGAGAAGGAAGAACCUUCGCCUGAGAGGGAAGAACCUUCGCCUGAGAGGGAAGAACCUUCGCCUGAGAGGGAAGAACCUUCGCCUGAGAGGGAAGAACCUUCGCCUGAGAGGGAAGAACCUUCGCCUGAGAGGGAAGAACCUUCGCCUGAGAGGGAAGAACCUUCGCCUGAGAGGGAAGAACCUUUGCCUGAGAGGGAAGAACCUUUGCCUGAGAGGGAAGAACCUUUGCCUGAGAGGGAAGAACCUUUGCCUGAGAGGGAAGAACCUUUGCCUGAGAGGGAAGAACCUUUGCCUGAGAAGGAAGAACCUUCGCCUGAGAAGGAAGAACCUUUGACAGAGAGAGAAGGGAAGGAGGAACCACUGGAGCCUGAGGAGUUGAAGGACACUCUGCCCUUCCGACCUUCAAACGUGAAGAAUGAGAGAAGCUGUGAGAUGGUCCAACCUAUCCAAGUGGAAGAAACUUUUCAGGCUACGGAGCCUGAUGGAUACUUGGAGGAGCAGCCGGACUCGGCCUUCGCUGCUACUGGAAAAGAAAAGGAAACCAGAACAGUGGCAGAGACACGACCACGGACAAGAGCAACCAGGAAAGCUGAGGAGGCCCCAGAGGAGAUGCAAGAGGAGCAGCCAAUGCCAGACACCCUCACAUCCCUGAGGAAGAAGGAGGCUCCGUCUACUCCCUCACGGAGGACGACCAGAGCCAAACAUGUCACAUUCAUCUCUCCUGUCUCGGAGGAAGGCGGGGGGCCCGACACCAAGGCGACGGGGACGGAAGCUCCACCUUCUCCCGGGCGAACACCACGAAAGACGAGGAAGAACACGGACACCAAAGUCCUGGCAAGUCCCACCCGGAGGAGCGCACGCAGAGCUGCAGCUGCCACAGAAGAGCUGCACUUGAUGGAGAGUGUGGCCUCCACGCAGUCUCCCAGCAGGAGCCUGUCCAGCCAGAGCUCCUGGGAGGCUCCUGCCCAGCAGGAGGCGCCUCAGAGGACACCCACGCGGAGGUCCACCAGAAAGCUCUCUGACAGCAGCGACGCAGCACCCGAGCUCCUCAAGCUGAAGAGCAGAUCCAAGGUGUGGGAGCCAGCGCUGCUGGAGGAGGACGAGGGUCCCGAACCGGAGCUGGGCCCCAGCCCGAGCAGGAGGGCCCGACCCACCAGCCACAGGAGCGAGAGGAGCACCAGGGCAGGGGCCACCAGUGGAGAUCUGCCCGAGGCCGACCGCGGCUCCCAGCGGCCCCUCAGAACCAAGGUGCCCGAGCAGUCCAAGGAAGACCUCCAGCUGCUGGACCCCCUGGAAGUGGACUCCGACACUGGGGUGGCCGAUGCUCUGCUCAAGAGGAUCCAGGACAAAGAGAAGCAGGAAGGAGACGCUUUGUUCAGGAAGGCGGUCAGAACCAGGAGCUCGAGGUCUACGUCAGAGGAUGUGAAGGAGAUCCAGAUCCCAGAACCAGAGGAGGACGAGUCCAGCCCGGGCGAGCGCUCCCACACCUUCUCCCCGUCACGGAAGAGAACAAGAGCCACCAGAUCCAAGUCUCCCGGACCCGUCAAGGCGGCUUCAGCUCGGGUCACUCGGAGCAGAAGCUCGGCCGUGAAAGAGGCACAGGAUGAUGUCACGUCAGAGGAAGACCACGUAGACCUCCCCAAAAGUCGGAGAACUGGCAUGCGAACCGCCAAGUGCGCCGCGCUGCCACACCUGUCCUCCAUAGCUGAGGCGGUUCUGAUCUCCCCGCUGCCCAGUCCGGGGCCGCAGAGCGGGUCCGGGGACGGCGAGUCGCCCACGCAGGGCGUCAGCCGGCGCCACAAGCGCGUGAUGGAUGCGGUGGUCAGACGCCCAGCCACGCGCCGGAGGAAGCUCUAGCGCCGGCGACACGGACUGACCGCUGCUUUUAAGUUCCGCCGCCGCGCCUGCGCUCGUCUCUUAUCUGUUUCUAAAUAAAUCACGGAAGUGAAUAAAUGCUGCGUGUUGAGGAGACUGGCCCCGCCUGGCGCCACGCCGGGGUUUGGCUCCGCCCACCUGGGGACUCUUUCCUCAAGUGGGAGUUUAGAAUGUCUUAUUUUUGAUGAC